UUUCUAUAAACGAGAGUGCGGUGGCCGGAGAUGGUAGGUCUGUCCCGACGUCCACCCCAGUGACGGGGCACUCAGAAGUUACCGAGCUAACUGUUGCUAAGCUACACCGGGGGUUGGUGUCCGUAUCUCGAUUAAGCGAGCAGAGCUGUCAUGCCCGUCCUGGCGAUGGCCGAGCCCGUGGUCGAUCACCAGAGACGGUUCCAGGCCGCUGUGGAUGUGAUCCAUAACCUCCCCAAGAAUGGUUCCUACCGUCCGUCAUAUGAGGUCAUGCUGCGUUUCUACAGUCUGUACAAGCAAGCGGUGUGUGGACCUUGUUCAGUGACUCGACCCGGCUUCUGGGACCCAGUGGGUCGCUACAAAUGGGAUGCCUGGAGACGCCUGGGAGAGAUGAGCGGCGAGAGUGCCAUGGCAGAAUACGUGGACGAGAUGAAGAAAGUGGCACAGGAGGUCGUCGACACCAUGCCCAUGAACGAUAAAACGGCCUCGCUCUUCCACCACUUCGAGCCCCUCUACCUGGUGAUCGAUGACAUGCCGCGGCCUUCAGAGUCUCUGGUCGCACUCAGAGAAGGUCGUGAAGGCAGUGAGCAUGCUGACGGGGCAACAGAGGAGGUGAAGGAUGAGGGUGAGGAGCAGGCCGGUGCUGAAGAAGAGGAUCAGGAGCUGAACCUGUCUGAGGUCAUACGCCUCACUGGAAACACCCUUCCUAAUGACGCUGGUGUGUGUGAGGGUUUGGUGUUGACCAGUGACUCAGAGAGCGAGAUCUUCUGCGACUCCGUGGAUUCGGUUGAGCAACUCUGCAACGUCAAGAUUGUUUUUCAAUCGCAGAUUCCUCUCGUCAAGACCAACGGUUUCCACAACGGCCACGUGUCCCUGGAGUCGUCUCCCGUUCAGAGCCACCAGCUGGAGGGCGGUCGGGGAGUGCGACAGGUCGGGGCAGGUGGAGGUGGAGAGGGGGCGGAGGACGGAAAUGGUCCGGGUCCCAACAGGAGGGGUCGAGACACCGGGCGGGAAGGUUCCCUCCACAACUGGAGAGAACGUGGUGUUCCUCAGGGCGGUCCGAGGUGGGGGGGCCCCGCCGGCGGCGGAGGGGCCGGCCGAGGAGGCGGGGACGGUUCAGAGGGCGGGGCUGAGAGGCUGCACGACGCCCACCUCCAGCAGCAGAUCGUCCUGGCCCUGCGGAGGCUCCGAGAGGACAUGAGGAGUGUGAUGGACCGGCUGGAGGUGGUGGAGCGGCUCGCCGCCACGCAGGCCCAGGGUUCAGAGUGGAGGGCGUGUCUACAGUGUGCAGCCUCCAAACAGCAGGAGGAGAGGUGGUGGCUGUUUGACGUGUCGGGUCAGACCGUCGUCCUCCUGCUGCUGUGGCCGUUUGUGGCCCAGGGUCUGGUGUCCCUGCUGAGGAGGGCCCAGCGGAGGAGUCGCACGUCUUCAUGAGCCGGAGGAGCCGUCCGACCGCUCGCCAAGCAGUAAUCCACCGCCACACGACGUCUAAUUUUUUUGUUCGGCAGCAAAAUGGAUCAAAUCAAAUAUGAAAUCACGGGGAGGCUCCGCCCUCCCUUCCGCGCGCACCACCGUGAAGUGGCCGGCCCGCUGUGGGCUCGGAGAAGAGGAGGCGGAGCCUCACACCUCAGAAAGCAGAGAUCCUCUCACUCACUGCGGCACGCAACUGUGUUUAAAUGGUUAAGUGGGUCAGCGAGCUUGUGUUGGCCAAAGUCACUUUGUCUUUACCCAACCUGGAUAUGUGCUGCUCAUGAGCUUAAAUUAUUAGUUCAUAUUUAAUCUGAGCAAGAUACUUUUGUAAUAUACAGAUUAUUAUUAUUAUUAUUACAAACGACAGGAUGCUGCCGGAGUAUCUGCUUUGAGAUGGAAGAAGUAAACAUACGGGUGUGGCUGCAAUAACUCCAUGGCAACGCCUCGUCAUCACAUCGGAUUCUGGACCUGGGGUGGUUUUGUCUUCUGGGCUCCUAACGGGACAAUAAUUCCAUCGAGAACACGGCGUCCGUCGUCUCUGGUGGUCGAGUCCACGGAAAUGACAAACAUAACCGGGAGAGCUGGUUUUCAAAAAGCUGUGACGAACAGUCAUGUAUGAUACUAAUACAUGAGCUCAAAUUAAUAAAUCUAUAUUGAAUAGCAGGUCGUGGUGUGUCGAGUCUCGUUGGCAAAUGUUCAGGAUUUCAACACAAGGCAGAAACAGUGCAGAGAAGCACCGAUCACUGAUGUUCAGCUACAUACAGAAACAUCAAUGGGACAUGCUACUCUAGCUUAUGAAUUUAAUGUGAAUAAAGUCACACCUACAUCACUGAUAAGACAAAUAUGAGAUGCUUUAAAAUGUGAAGACUGUGUGAAGUCCCUUUUCUGAUGUUCUGUCAUAUUUCAUGUUGUACAAUUGUCUGUAUGCAGCAUAAUAUAACACAGCCUUUAUGUGAUGUA